CGCGCGCAGCCUGAGGGGUUGGUGUGCUGGUCUUGCUGGUUAUCACGGAGAGGGGCUCCCUCUGUCUCUGUUCCCUGGCGGUGAAUGAUUUACGGAUACAUACAACUUAAUCCAGAGACUGACUAAGAACUAAGAUAUACAAUACUCGAAGAAGCAAGAAAAAAAAAAAAACAAAAACAAAAGCUGAUAUAAGUAACCAUGGCGUCAGCGUCGCAGCAGCAGCAGGACACCAGCAACAGCCACAGCAAGAAGCUGCUGCUGGUGGUGGUGGGCGCGACAGGGAACCAAGGCGGCUCGGUGGCGCGGCGUUUCCUGCAGGACGGGCGGUACGCCGUGCGCGGGCUGACGCGGGAUCCCUCGUCCCCGGCAGCCCGAGAGCUCGCGGCGCUCGGGGCCGAGAUGGUGCGGGCGGACCUGGACGACGUGGCGUCGCUCGAGGCGGCCUUCCGCGGGGCCAACCUCAUCUUCAGCGUCACCAACUACUGGGAGCCCUUCUUCCGGCCGGACUGCCGGGCGAGGGCGCAGGCGUUGGGCGUGACGUGCCGCCGGUACGCGUACGAUGUCGAGUACGCGCAGGGCAAGAACAUCGCCGACGCGGCCGCCGCCGUGGCCGUCGACUCGCUCGUGGAGAACGGCUUUCUGGCCUCGACGCUGAGCCACGCCGGCCAGUGCAGCGCCGGCCGCUUCAAGGACCUGUACCACUUCGACGCCAAGGCCGACGUCUUCCCGGACUAUGUCGUCGCCACGCACCCGGCGCUGGCCGCGAAGAUGUCGUGCAUCCAGACCGGGUUCUUCACCACCAGCCACCGGAUCCUGCCGGAGUCUUAUUUCCAGAAGCUCCCCGACGGCACCUUCGAGAUGCGCUUCCCCUGCUCGCCGGACAAGCCGAUCCCGCACCUCGACGUCAACCACGACACGGGCCCCUUCGUCUACGCCGUCGCCCAGAUGCCCCCCGGCAAGCACUACAUGGCCGCCGGCGAGUACCGCCCCUGGCCCGAGUUUGCCGACGCCUGGGCCGCCCUGACCGGCGCCACCAUCAAGUACCGGCAGGUCUCGUUCGACGAGAUGGUCGCCGACACUGCCGAUAGGGACUGCGGCAUUGAGGUGGCCUUGAUGUUUGAGUAUAGCUCGGAUCCGGGCUAUGAUGGGGGUAAGGAGGUGUUGAAGGCUGAGGAUUUGCGCAAGGCCGGCAUCGACUGUCCCAUGCUCACGGUGGAGGAGGCUUUGGCACGGCAGGAUUGGACGCCUAUCUUGAACAAGGCGGUGUAUAGGUCUAGCUAGCUUUUGGGUUAUGAC